AUGCUUAAACACGUGGGACGUCCUACCGCGCGACCGCGGUUUAUCGUCUUGAGGAAGAAACGAGGACGCUCCGGGUCGAGAAGUUGGCCUGGCACCCCUUAUACUCUCUCCAUUGCUUCUGCGUCCGAGAUUGAUUAUCCCGACAACCUUGGAAGGAUGCAUAGACCUCCGCAUCCUCAUCCCAUCGCUGACCAUCGGCAGGUCAAUUUGGUCUUCGAUGAUACGUUUGCACCGGGGCUGACGAACCGGCCGGAGCUGUACCAAAAGUCGAACAGGAGUAGCCAUUCAAGCGACACCAGCUCGGCGUACAGCGGGUCAGACACAAUGACGUCGGUCCAGGGAUCUUUGGAUGCGGACAACGACGAGGUCGACUUCUCUGGCCUCGUCGAGUCGAUAGUAGACAGCGAUGAGGACGAAGAUCUAGCUGAGAGCAUGGACAGCCUGACUGUUCGCGAUACCGUGCGUGAAUGCUUGGAAAAAGAUCCAGCAGAGCGAACCGAGGAAGAUAUCGAGAUCCUGCUAGAGUUCACGCAACAUUUAAAAGCAUUCACGAACAUGACCUUGGCCGUGAGACGUGCACUGUGUGCGGUAAUGGUAUUCGCAGUGGUGGAGAGCGCCGGGAUGAUCGUACUGACUGAUGGCGAAGAAUUAGAUAGUUGGAGUGUGCUGAUAAAUGGUGCUGUUGAAAUAGAACAUAGUAAUGGCGAUGUGGAGCAAUUACAUCUUGGUGAUAGUUUUGGAAUUUUGCCAACAAUGGAGCGAUUGCUACACCGAGGAGUUAUGCGAACAAAGUGCAAUGACUGCCAAUUUGUUUGUGUGACACAAGCUGACUAUUUUCGCAUCCAGCAUCAGGGGGAAGAAAACACGAGGCGACAUGAAGAGAACGGUCGCGUGAUUUUGGUUACCGAGCUGAGAGGCGCCUUGGACGGUGGAACAAGACGCGGUCAUGUUGUGAUUCGCGGGACACCUGAGCGACUGAUGCUCCAACUUAUUGAAGAAAACAGUAUUACAGACCCGACGUAUGUCGAGGAUUUCCUGCUGACCCAUCGAACGUUCAUCGACAGCCCGUUGCUGGUAGCCGAUCAAUUACUCGAAUGGUUUGCCCAGCCACAGGUCAAAGAUCGCGUUGCACGUGUCGUUUUGCUCUGGGUCAAUAAUCAUUUCACGGACUUUGAAACAGACCCGGCGAUGAUGGAAUUUUUAGAAGCAUUCGAGGCUGGCCUUGAGCGCGAAAAAAUGCAGGGUCAACAGAGAUUAUUAAACAUUGCAUGUGCUGCAAAAGCGCGAACGCGCAACAUAACUCUAGCGAGGCCAAACCGAGACGAAGUCCUGAAUUUCAGUAUACUUGGAGGAUACGAACGCGGGUUUGGAAUAUUCAUAUCCAAAGUAGACAAGAACUCCAAGGCCGAAGACGUAGGAUUGAAGCGCGGAGACCAAAUUCUAGAAGUAAAUGGCCAGCGCUUCGAGCACGUGAGCCACGCGAGAGCCCUAGAAAUUCUUCGUGGUUCAACGCAUCUCAGUAUUACAGUUAAAUCUAAUCUGCUGGCAUUCAAAGAAAUGCUACAAAUGCCCGACAACUCGCCGCGACCACGUGGACGAGUAAACAAACCCGAAAUCCCGCGAAUACCAAGCGACCCGCGCUCCAGGCUGUCAACCCACGUGGACCCGUUGACGCCCGGAGGGCAGCUCAACCCCAUGGUCGGCGGAGUGCCCCUGUUAAUUCCCGACAACAAUGGCUCGCCUUGCAAGGACUCCAAAAAAGAACACAAGGGGUUCAUGACACUGGGACCAAAAAGGCGAUUUCAAAAAGCGCUAAUGAAGAUGAACAUAUUGCCAAAGAACAUUAUCAACGACGGUAUGCAUGCUGAUGAUUCGCUGGCACCUCCUCACACGCCUCCGGGAACGGGACUCCAGAAUUCCUCGAACCUUUAUCAUUCCCGCAGUAAUCCCGAUUUAACCUCGAUAUAUUGCUACGAUGAUUUAAGAGCGCCCGAUUAUCCCGAGCACGUACUAAAAGUCUACAAAGCUGAUCAGACUUGCAAAUAUCUUCUAGUGCAUCAAGUAACGACAGCUCAUGAAGUUGUUAUGCUUGCAUUGCAAGAGUUUGGGCUGGGAACAGAGAGCAGCUCGAAUUAUUCUCUGGCAGAAGUAAGUGUCGCCGAAGGCGGAAUGAUUAAGCAGCGAAGACUGCCAGAUCAGCUGCAAAAUUUGGCAGAGAGAAUAGGCUUAAGCUCGCGCUACUACCUUAAGACCAAUGGAGUUUCCGAGACGCUGGUAGCUGACGAACAGGCACCUGAGUUGAUACGAGAGUCCCAAGUACAUUUUUUACAACUAAAUGCCGUAGAAGUUGCUAUUCAGUUGACACUCCAAGACUUUAGUAUUUUCCGGCAAAUAGAGUCUACAGAGUACGUGGAUGAUUUGUUUGAGUUAAAGAGUCGCUAUGGGAUACCAAUGCUCAGCCAAUUCGCGGAACUAGUCAACAGAGAGAUGUUUUGGGUUGUCACGGAGGUUUGCUCUGAACAUAAUCUUGUCAGACGUAGUAAAAUAAUAAAACAGUUUAUUAAAAUUGCCCGCCAGUGCAAAGAGUGUAAAAAUUUCAAUUCUAUGUUCGCGAUUAUUUCCGGUCUGGGUCAUGGAGCUGUUUCACGUUUGAGAGCCUCUUGGGAGAAAUUACCCAGCAAGUAUCAAAGGUUGUUCAGUGAUCUGCAGGAACUGAUGGACCCCAGCAGGAAUAUGAGCAAGUAUCGCCAGCUGGUGGCUUCUGAACAAACGCAGCCGCCGAUAAUUCCUUUCUACCCGGUGGUGAAGAAAGACUUGACGUUUAUUCAUCUGGGUAAUGAUUCUAGAGUCGAGAAUUUAGUUAACUUUGAAAAGCUGAGGAUGAUUGCUAAGGAAGUGAGGGCGCUUACGAAUAUGUGCUCGUCGCCGUAUGAUUUGCUGACGAUGUUGGAGCGGGGUGGUCAGCCUCCGAGUUCUGCGAUGGUUGCGCUUAAUCAGAUGACUACUGGGAAUCAAGGUGGUCAAACUGCGACGGUUAAGAGGAGGAAAAAGUCUGCUGCCGCUCCGAAUCCCAAAAAAAUGUUCGAGGAAGCUCAGAUGGUGAGAAGGGUCAAGGCCUACUUGGCGAAUAUGAAGGUUAUUACGGAUGAGGAACGUUUACAUGGGUUGUCGGUGGAUUGUGAGCCACAUGCUGGUGCGGUUGCUGUUACUGCGGCUGUUCCGCUUUCAGGAAGUCGGGGUAGAAGGCAUCCUUCACCCACGCUUUCUACUACUAGUAGUGCCAGUAGUACUAGUGAGGGUAGGAAAAGCAUACAAGGUACAAAAUUCGGAGCAGCAUCACCACAAGCAGUACGAAAAAUGCUAGCUCUAUCAGACCCCCACAAGACCCGACCAUACCAACCAAAGCACUGUCCCGCGCUUCCAGUCCCAGGUCUAGCUUUGCACUCGAGUGGAUUGGAACCAAGUCCAGGAGCACCUAGAAGAGUAGGCUCUGGUAGCCGAAUGCCGAUGCAUGAAAGGUCGCACAGCGAUACACCCUCUGGUUUGCCGCCUCCAGUGGAUCUUAGCGCCGAGAGCAGUAGUGUCACUAGUCUCAGUAACCUCCAGCCUUUAAGAAAGACACUGACUAGUGGUUCGGUGACGAGCAGUGACAGUGGUCACAGUACACAGUUGGAUAGCCACAGCGGGAGCAGCGUCGAAGCUGGUGGGAGUCCUCCACCGCCCCAGAGACGGCAUUCAUCCAUGCAAGGAUCGGUAAGAGGUGGAUUGCCUCCAUUCCCCCACGCAGUAGCAGUGCUACCUCCGCUUCCAAUCAACCAUACGCAUAAUCAUCAGAAUCAACAACAACAACAUCAUCAUCAUCUACAUCAUCACCAUCAUCACCAUCAUCACCAACAAUCCCAAUCAUCACCACCACCACCACCGCCACCGCCACCCCCUCGAGGUUGUACGGGAGCUGGGCUUGGAUUCGGAACAGGAGUGAUGCACCAUAGCGCAGGGACAACCUCUUUUAUGAACAAUAACUCCUCGAUGAUCCAACGACCUGGAGUGCUCCCAGGCAGCGCUCCUGGGCAGUGUCGACAGCUUCCAGCGUACAAAGUCGCCGCUCAGAUGGCAAGAUUGCACAGGCUGGGCAGAGCCCACAGCCACGAAGGAGUCACUUAUCGCACCAACCAUGAAGAUGAUGACGACGAAGCUCAAGUGUCAGCAGUUGGUGUGAGUCAGACUAGCGAGCGGAUAGGACAUAUCUAA